AUGUGCGUAGAAAUUACCCAAACUCAACAAUACAACAAAAUGGAUAUCACCAUCUCCCAGAAGAAAAGCUCCACCGCCAGCAUGAAGAAGCUGUUUAAACAAAUCUUCAAAUCCAAGAAAACUGUUGCUGACUCCUCGGAAUCUUUGGAAAAUAGCCGCAAUGCCAGUCUAGAAUCAUCAAUGGAAUCCUUUGAAAAUGACAUCAAUGAAUCCUACGAGAAAGAGGAAGAAUUUGAUUACACCACCACUGUUCCCGUACACUUUGUCCGCACCGAACAUGGUACCUACUUUUGGACCUCAGCUGCCUAUAUGCAAGACCGUUGGGCCCAAGCUUAG